AUGGGACGUCUCUGGGGCGGCUUUAUUUUGCAGUUUUUCGUGCUUAACUUUGCUUCUGCAAGGCCACCAAACGUUCUAUUAUUUGUCGUGGACGACUUGGGAAUCGCAGAUGUUGGCUGUUUUGGAAACGACACGAUCAAAACACCCAACAUUGAUCGGUUAGCUGCACAAGGUGCUCGCUUGCUGCAAGAUGUUCAUCCGGAUUCCGUUUGCACGCCGAACAGAGCUGCAAUUUUAACAGGAAGGUAUCCAGUCAGAUCAGGAAUUGCUUCCGAUCGUGGGCAAGUAAGAGUGUUUAUUUUCACGGCUGCAUCUGGUGGAUUACCCCAAAAUGAAACUACGUUUGCUGAAAUUGCAUCUGCUGCUGGUUACAAAACAGGUUAGAUGAUCUCAUUUUACUCGCCUGUCUUUUAUUUCCGCAGCAAGAAGAUUCAGCCGAGCUCUGCGACUGCAAAAUCAGGAAAAAAUAAAGUUCAUAAGGAUAAAAUGGGGAUAAUGUAAGGAGGGCAAGGUGACCUUGGCUGCUUGCCUUCCAAUUUUUGAGUUUUAAAAAAAUUUGGCUUGAUGGGGUAUAAGUGGGGUUGGCAAUGAGUACAAGGAGUAGGGUGAUGCCACCGAGGCCCUGACCCUAAACCCUGUUUUUGCACAAAAUCGUAUUGUAUUCAAGGCUGUGCUCUAAGGAAAAUUGAACAGAGCCCUGUGUUCUAAACUGGUAAAAUCUAGGGUGCCCAGCAUAUGAUUUGUUAAAAAACGUAAGAUUUUCUAGUUGCCCAAGAUCAAAAGUUAUGCGCCAAGGGCCACUGGGCUCUGCUAGAGUUUAGCCUUGUUGUUGCUACCAAUUUAUCUGGAUCCUGUUUGAUAAAUAGCAGACUUGCCAACCCCCAAAAGGCAAAAGAAGUGAGAUUCUGAACCUAGGGCCAGGAAAAGUAGUGAGAAAUGGGUAAAAAGUUGUGCGAUGUCCCAAAUUUCCAAGUGGAAGGCAUUUUAGUCAAGAUUAUGGUUAUUGGAAGUCACUACAUCACUUAAGCUGGAGUAGUAAACAUCAAGAUCAAUUUUAUGAUUGGAUUUUGUAAUUUCUGUGUUUUGUUGGCAUCAUCUUGAAACAAGAGAAACUGGAAGUCUGCACGUUUGGUGGCAGUAGCAAGUAACGGUAGGCUAAAAGAAAUAUGUGAUCAAACAUGACCGCUAAGCGUUUUCUUUGGGUUGAGCUGGCUAUCUACAUAAAUUGGAAACGAAUUCUACAGCUCCAAAUUUUUUUAGAGCUUGGCUUGAGAGAGGUCCUAAAAUCAUGAGACCAACAACAAAGUCUUGAGACAAGGCAAGUCUGAAAUAGAGACAAAACAUAUGUUUUUUCAGUAAGGCGUUUUAAGAAACAACGUCAAUCUCAUAAAUGUAAAGUUUUAUCAGAAGCCCAUACGUAUUAAAAUGUUUAUUGCAUUGUUUCUUUGCAUCUUUGUUUGUUAUAGGUAUGAUUGGAAAGUGGCACCUGGGACUGCAUUCUUCCUCUUCAUCAGAUUUCCAUUUUCACCCACUUAAGCAUGGUUUCCAUUACUUUUAUGGAUUGCCGCUAACAAACUUACGAGAUUGUGACCCAGGGAAUUAUGUUGUAGAGCUUGUCAUUCCAGGGUUCAGACCCACCAAUAUCCUUAUUGCUGCCACAAUUAUUGGAGUUACGCUGCAUAUUUGUUACCUAACUGGUGUACUAGGCAAGUGUGUUUUCUAUUUUCUUCUCACAUUAAUUGUGUCCACUGCCUUUGCUCUUUGUGUCAUUCUAAGUAUGUUUGCAGUAUUCAACUGCUUUGUAAUGAAAAACUACGAUGUUGUAGAGCAGCCUACUAUUUUGGAAAAUUUGACAAUGAGGUUUACAGAUGAAGCCAUGAACUUUAUCCGCUCAAACAAAGAUGGUCCCUUUCUGCUUUACAUGUCUUAUGCCAAAGUUCACACUGCUCUGUUUAAUACUGAACGAUUUGUCAAUCACAGCAUCCAUGGUAGCUAUGGUGAUAAUGUUGAGGAAAUGGACUGGAGUGUUGGCCAGAUAAUGGCUGUAGUUGAGGAACUUGGUUUAAAGGAAGACACGUUUGUUUAUUUUACAUCUGACAAUGGUCCACACUUGGAGGAAGUUAAUCCAUUGACAGGUGAAUAUGAAGGUGGAUGGAAGGGUAUUUACAGAGGAGGUAAGAUUUGAAAAAAAAAACAGAGAAACAGGGUGCAAGUUUAUAAUUUUAUUAAUGUCAUUAAUAUUAUGGUAGUGGUUUUCACAGUUGUACACCAUCAAAGAUAAAACUCAUAGCCAUUAGAUCAUAAGAAAUUUGAAAAUCUGAGAAAAUUAAUGAUAGAAAACUAAUAAUAGUCACAUCAAGAUAGGUUUGUGCAGUUUUUUGUGAAUGGUGCAAGCUGUGGGUUUCAUUGGGGAAAAUCCUCAAAACUCUCAUACGAAAAUUAGAUAAGAAAGAACCUAUGAGGUAAUCCUUCCCGUCUGGGUGGUAAUGCCUUGCCCAGUGCUGAUGCAAAAUCAACCAUAAAACCCCAACACAGGAGCCUGCCGAAAGUCAUGUUAAAAAAUUGAAGUAUAUUGUAUCUAUGAACAUUUAAACUUGGAAAAAUCAUGUAAACAGUUUAUAAUGCCUGGAAAUUAGUAGGUACAAGAAUUAAGCAAUUGGAUUUUGUAAGACUGUGUGAAUGUUUAGUGCACAGCUAGCUACAGGGAUAGGCUUCUGUAAAUAACACCUAAUACAGCGAAGCACAAUGCAAAAAAAUUUGAUUCUCAAAACCAUGUUUGCACAUUUAAGUUUUUUUUAUAACAGUACAGUGUACCUUCAUCUUUAGAUUUAGACCCUGAGUGUUUAUAAUGCUGGUGAUGCCAGGAGCCCACAACCUCACACACUCAUCUUUGUUAUCAUUACAUACGUCGAUUCAGGAAAAAACCGGAAGUUGCAUGGAAGCGAGGCCUAAGGGCCCGUCAGCCUAUGCGACGCCUGGGGCUAAAAACAAAUGGUUGUCGAAAAAAGUUUCAAGAUGGAGCAAGUAAAUAUUGAAGUUGUCAAAUUGACACCCGAGGAAAGAACGGGAGCUUAAAAAUUUACAGGUUAAUAGUAAACCAGGUAAUGUAGAAGAAUAAACCACGGCGGUGGAAAGUCCUUUACAAAAGUUAAGUUCCUGUUCCAAACAGACUGAAAGAUACCGCGAUAAAUUCAAUUGUUUCUUGGCCCACAGAGAAUGUUAAUGUUAUGUCUGAAAAUAGAGAUAAAGUUCAUGAUCCUGACCCAGGCAAAGGCUUCACGAGGCCCAACUCCAGAAAAUUAAAAAAAGCGAGCUGGAUACCACGCCACAACAAGAUAAGCUUUAUACCGUGUCAAUACUCAGAGUUGUUCCACUGACCGAUACCCUAGAUCACCCUAAGGGAUUGUAGCAAAAUUACUGAAAAAAUCUCUCUCUCGUAUGCCAUUGCGUAAAAUUUAAAUGUUGUACAUAAUCUUGAUCAUGAAGUAUCUAAACCUGUUGAUAAUGACAUUGUUUACAUUAGACCAGGGCUUUGUGUUGUGCCUCCUACAAAAAAUAUUGUGUCAAAUAUAAAGCACGUAUGAUUGAUAACCCAGUUGAAAAACCCAAACUUAUGCUAGGCACGUGUGAUUUAUUAUGUCCUGCUGGUAGGAGCGGCAGCAGUUGCCAUGUCGUGGCAGUUGAAUGGAAAUUAGAUGAAAUGUCAUGGAACAAUGAAAUGAAAAAUCAAUGCGAGAAUGACAUUCGUUGCACUUCUUAGCCAAGAAAACGGCAAAUUCCAGGUAGACGAACAGUGGAACAUUAGCGGUCAAUCAUGACCUUAAAGCUUAUCAAGCCAAGGCAUCCACCAGACACACCAGGUCAUAAGAGGAGGGGCGUGUUGUCUACUUUUUAUGAUCCCUGUCCUUCGAACUUGAGAAACUUAGACCCCUAGGCUGUUGAAAAACUCAAAGUGAACAUUGUCAGAGUUAAAAGGUCUUCCCUUCUAAAAGGUGAAUCCCAAUGCUUCUGAUAUAACACUUGUGAAUUCCCUAAUUGAAAUUGCUGCUAAAGGAACUGCUCUACAAAUGCAAAUGAAAGAUUUUACUCACAUCUGUUUCUUCUACAGACAACAGUAUAUUAUAUACUUCUGUUCUCCAACCAAAUCCAUGUUUAACAAACACAACAGUGUCUCAAGUCAAUUUAACAAGCACAGCCGACAAUACAGACAAUAGUUGAUGCGACCACAAAUCAGUUUCAAGAUCUCAUGUGUCAGAAAAAUACAAUCUUGUCUCACUGAGCCAAUUGAACACAGUCAACAAUACAGAUACUGUAAUUGACCUGAACUUGAACACAAAUCAUUUGAUAGAUCAGCCCUUCAGCAUGGAUCAACAGGGAAUUGUUUCAGCAACAGGUACCUUUUAUUAUGGCAUCAUGGAAGAGAAAUUAGUACACCUUUAGAACUUUUAUGACCAAUACAUUUUACCCAAAUUAGCAUACCCCAGGCUCAAGUUUGGUCUGUGGUAUGACCUCAAGUUAAAAUAGUUUUUGUAAACCAAGAAAGUCGGCUUGGGUUAUUGUUAGCACAGGUCUUUUAUUCACUCUCAUCCUACAUGUGAAGAAUCCCUUAUUAUAAUCUAUCAUGUCUCACAACCUGUAACAAAUUAAAUGUUUGCACACUAACUAUUAAUUGUGUGUGAUAUUAUACUUUAUAUCCAUUCCCUUCCCCCCCAAAAGUAAAAAUUUGAAAAAUAUUUUUUCCAGGUGUAUUUAUGAAUGGAGAACAUCAUCAGUAUUCACUUGAGUGGCAUCUCUCACACUGGUGUAAUAAGUUAGACGGGAAACGCUUGGUUCUAAGUAUAAGUUUCAUAAUCUUGAAACCCAGUGUAGACUAAGUGAACAUCAUCCCUGGGCCUGGGAUAUCAUCUAGGUUUUACAAAACGCGUUCAGACCGAACGGAAAACUUAUUCCUUCUUCCUUGCUUUAGGAAGUUAUUUUUUAAGGAUUUCUGAUUCUAAACAUUUCACUUCAGCAAAUUGUUCGAUCACUGGAAGACCUAUAAAUUAACAGCUUGUACUUUAUCGCUCAAUGACGAUUCUUCUGACCUUUUUUUCUCAUGGGAUACUUUUCCCUAUGUCCCCGUUAUUCUUUAACAUUUGAUUUGGCUGAAGACCAAGCAGAAACAGUAAGGGAUGCCUCCUGUUUUAGGUCGACUUUCUAUGUCCGGUGAGACUAAUUCUGUAAUCGUUUAGUACGAAAUGCUCUGAACAACAAUUAUAUUCCUUUUUCCCAUCUUCUACUUGAUUCAGGAUCUGAUGAAACUUUUUUGGUAUAUAGGUGAGAUCCGGCCAAUUUCACUUCGAUUAUUUUAUGUGGGUGCAGCACUUGUCUUAUUUUGCUCACAAGAAUCUUGUUGUUACAUCGCCAUUUUGAGUAUGAGGGCCCUUAGGCCUCACUUCCAUGCAACUUCUGCUUUUUUCCUGAAUUGGCGUAUUAAUGCUGUGUACAUCGAAUCUGUCAUAAUAUAAGGUUACUUUCUUCACAGGCAAAGGGCAGUGUUGGGAAGGUGGUGUUAGAGUGCCUACAAUAGUAUCAUGGCCAGGACAUAUCACCCCUGGAAUCUCACUUGACCAGCUCACUAGUACCAUGGACUUGUUACCCACAGUUGCGAAACUAGUUGGUGGAGAUGUUCCACAGGACAGAACAGUUGAUGGUAAAGAUCUCUUACCACUUGUAACAAACAAAGGGCAGCCAUCAUCCCAUGAAUUUAUUUUUCACUAUUGUGGCAAUCAAGUUCACGCUGUCCGCUACAAUCCCAAGAAUAGCAAUGUUGUGUGGAAAGCACACUUCAUGACCCCUAAGUGGACAAAGGGAACUGAAGCAUGCAUUGGUCAGGGUGUUUGUAACUGUCAUGGUAAAUAUGUAACCAUUCAUGAUUCACCUCUGCUUUUUGACAUCACAAAUGAUCCAUCUGAGAGUUCCCCUAUUGGAGCAGACACAGCAUUGUACCAGGAGGUAAUAAAGCAGAUUUACCCUAUGCUCAAAAAACACAAAGCAAGCAUUAAAAUAGUCCCCAAUCAAUUGGAACGGCAUAAAAACAUCUUUAAACCUUGGUUGCAAAUGUGUUGUAAUUUUCCAUUCUGCAGCUGUAAGGAAACAGACAGAGAGCUAGAGCAUAAUCCCAAAAUCUUAUGA